AUGAAUAAAACAUCUUCAUCUUUUUCAAUAAAUUUUCCUGCAUUAAAUCAAGCUAUUAAUCGUUAUGUUCCCAUACCUUUCUUGUUCUUGGGUACAAUUGGAAAUAUUUUAAAUAUAUUAAUAUUUACACGUAAAAUAUUUCGUAAUAAUAUUUGUGUCAAUUAUCUUUUGGUAUCAACUAUCUUUGAUUCGUUUGUAAUUAUUGUUGGACUUCUACCUCGUCUACUCAAUGGUUUUAAUAUGGAUCCAUCACAAUAUUCAUCUGUUCUUUGUAAACUGAGAUUUUUUAUAACAUAUUUUUCAGGAUAUACAUCUGCUUGGUAUAUUAGUUUAGCCUGUGUUGAACGGUAUCUUUCAUCAUCCAUAAGUAUUCAGAAACGGAAUAUUAUGACAAUGAAACGUGCCUAUUUAUCUAUACUUUUUGUUGUAAUGCUUGGAUUUGUUGCAUUUGGUGAACAAUUCUAUUGUAUUGAUAUUAACCAAAAUCUAUUUGGUGCACCACAAUCGUGUUAUCAACGGAAACAAAAUAUUUCAUGUCAAAUUGUUGAUUCUCUUAUGCAAUUUUUAUUCGAAAUCUUAUUACCUGCAUUAAUGAUGAUCAUAUUUGGAUUCUUGACUUUGAAAAAUAUUCAUUACACACAUCAUCGUGUCCACCCACAACAUACCGCUUAUGCUUUAGCUACAAUAGCUGCAUUAACAACAGUGAAUCAUCCAUCGAAAUCAGUUUCAUCAAAAAUUAAUCGAACAGCACAGAAACGUGAUGCACAGUUAGUUACAAUGUUAGUCGUACAAGUAAAUUGUUCAAUAAAUAUGUUAUCAACAGUAAAUAAUAAUAAUAAUAAUACUGAAGAUGAAUUUGUCGAAGAAGAAAUACUGAAUCAACAAUCUCAUGAAAAUCAUAAUAACGGACAACUUAAAUCAUUUAUUAAUCAAUAUGGAAUUGUUCGACCACGUAUUUCAAAAAUAAAUUCUAUAAAAAAUCAUUGGAAUAGAUUUUAUAAUACAAUAAGUUGUAUUUGUAUUAUUAAUUCAAUACUCGAUCGAAUACCAAUUAUUCGUUGUUUUAAAGAAUAUAAUUUAAGAAAGAAUCUUUUCUAUGAUGUAAAUGCUGGUUUCACAAUAGCGAUUAUGCAUAUACCACAAGGGAUGGCUUAUGGAAUUUUAACAACAUUACCGCCUGUUCAUGGAUUAUAUGUUUCCUUCUUUCCUGUUCUUCUCUAUAUGAUAUUUGGUACUUGUCCACAUUUAUCCAUGGGUACAUUUGCUGUGAUAUCAUUGAUGACAGCACAAGCUAUUGAUGGAGUACCAUUACAUUCCUUCAAUACUAUAAACAAUCAAUCAUAUAUGACAGAGACAGUAUCCGAUGUAAUGAUCAUGAAUGAAAAAUUAGGUAUCGCUACAACUUUGGCUUUUCUCGCUGGACUUAUUCAAUUAAUUCUAUCAUUUCUUCGUCUUGGCUGCCUAACUGUAUAUUUAACAGAACCAUUUAUAAGUGGAUUUACAACUGGUGCUGCUGUUCAUAUAUUUUCAAGUCAAAUUCCAUCCAUUUUUGGUAUACAAAGUCCACGACAUGUCCAAAGUGCUUUUAAAUUACCUCGGUUUUUUAUUCAAUUAAUUGAUUCAAUAAUUAAAAAUAUCAAUUGGAUAUCAACAACAGUUGCCUUUACAUCUAUGAUUGUUUUAUUUAUAGCGAAGAAGUUAAAUGAUCGUUAUAAAUCUACUUUACGUAUUAUUAUUCCAAGUGAACUUAUUUUAGUAAUUAUUGGUACUCUUAUCUCUCAUUUUACUAAAAUCCACAAUCUUCACGGUGUGCCAGUGGUAGGUCCUAUCAAACAAGGUUUACCAUUACCAACUGUACCUCCAUUCAAGCAUAUUUCAUACUUAAUUGUACCUGCUACUACAAUUGCUGUAGUCAGUUUAUGCAUUUCGAUUUCUAUCGGCAAAAUGCUGAGUCGAAAACAUAACUACAAAGUCAGCUCGAACCAAGAAUUAUUGGCAUAUGGAAUAUCCAAUGUUGUCUCAUCAUUCUUUCAGUGUUAUCCAAGUACAAGUGCAUUAAGUCGUUCUGUAGUACUAGAAGGAAUUGGUGGUAAAACUCAACUCGCCAGUGGUUUUUCAUGUAUUCUUUUGGGUAUCGUCUUAGCUGCAUUAGCACCAUUAUUUCAUUCGCUUCCAAUGGCUUGUUUGGCUGCUACUAUUAUCGUCAAUUUGAAAGGACUUUUAUAUCAAAUUAAAGAUUUCGUAUUUUAUUAUCGUAUUAGUUAUAUAGAAUGUAUUUUGUGGACAAGUACAUUUGUAAGUGUAGUUUUAUUCGAUGUCGACAUUGGUCUAUAUGUAGGUCUAUGUACUCUAUUUCUCAUAAAUACAAUACGAACGCAAAAACCUCCGUUCGUUGUUCUCGGUCAAAUUGAUGAUACUGAAAUAUACAAAAAUAUCAAAUUAUUUCCUGUAGCUCAUCAAUACGCGAAUAUGAAGAUUCUUCGAUUCGAUGAAUCACUUUAUGCAUGUAAUACACCAUUUUUUAAACGAAAAUUUUAUGAAUUAAUUGGUAUUGAAUUACGACAAGAACCAAUUAUUUCAUAUAAAAAAAAGAAUUUUAAUAAAACGAAAGAGAUUAAAUAUAACUAUGUUGUUCUUGAUUGUUCACCAUUUAAUUUUAUUGAUACAGUUGGAGUUAAAUUACUUAUUCAAAUUUAUCAUGAUCUAAAAAAACGAGAUAUUCGAUUAUGUUUAAGUGAAUGUCGAUAUGGUGUUCGUCGUACUUUGGAAUUAAUGAAUUUUUAUGACAAAACAUCAUCUGAUAUUAUCUAUGUAACAACGCAUCAUGCAGUUACGGCAAUGAAAAUAGAAUCAGAAAUCAACUCGUUAAGAUCGACUGCAACUGCACAAGUUUAA